CGGCGUUGGUUUGGUUCGUGUGACCUUUUCCGGCGGUAUCAAUGGAAGCUACGCGUACUUCCAAUAGGAGUCUACCGAUCCGGGUGGAGAACCCCUUCUCCCUCAAGGUUGCGCAGGUCUUCACGGGGUUCGGCAUAGGCUGCGGGGUCGGCAUCGGCAUCGGGCGACCCAUAUAUCUAGGUGCAAUACCAGCAGUUCAGCAAGUCUUGACUGCUGCUAGAGGUGCCACUGAUGCUUUUUCUGGUGUUGGCAGACAUGUUAAUGGUUCUCUGAAGAAAUUGGGAUUGAAGAACAUCGAAGUUGGUAUCGGAUGUGGGGUGGGUAUAGGCCAUGGUUUUGGUGUAGGAAUUGCCUUGAAGCCUGGUGUGGUUAACCGGAUCCAGAAUUGUUUUGGGGAAGUCAUGGGGAAGAUCAUGAUGAAUCUAGGAAGUAUACCUGGCUUAUCUUCUGUCCAAGGUAUCAUCCCAAGUCCUGGUCAAAACAGCAUCAAUCUGCUAAAUGGAACUCCUGUUGGAAAUGCGCAAGUCAGCACCCUUAGAUAUUCAACGUAUGAUGAAAGACCUGCUGAAGAAGCUACUAAUAUUUCUCACGCAUCAAAAGAGACACUAUCAGAAAAGUCAGUUACAAAUCGAACUGAAAAAGUUAUCAACAAUUUCAUGCAGGAUCCACUUUUCAAGGAUGCUGAGGUCAAACUUAGUGAAGUGGCUGGAGAUUUGCGCUUAGAAAAUAAUGUACUUCAAAUGCUGCUGAAGCACCAGCAAGUUAUCGAAGAAUUGAUCGAGGAGAACCAGAUCCUACGACAAAUACUUGCGGAGGACUUUAAAGUUCCAUUGUCCAAGCUUCAAGCCAAGAAAGACAAUAGAAGAAAAGCCUAUUACCCAUGUUCUGACUGUUUCGAGUGCCGUAGAAGAAGAAGAUCAGCAAGAUAACAUUCACCACACUGUCGUAAUGUCAGCAUGCAUCUGUUGCCCAUUCUGGUGUCAUGGUCCCGCCAGUCUCAAGUUGUUUUGCUGUAGGCUGUUCCGAUCAUCGUAAGCCAGAAAGAUGUGCAUUAAUUACUUAGAUUCAUCAGGUUUUGACUAGUUAUGGCUGAAUUGAGUGACAGUAACAAGUCAUCAAAAAUAUGCAACGGCUUGCUGUUUCACAUAGACCUGUUGAAAACGAGUGCCACUUUCUAUGGUCAGGGUCAUGAGAAUAACAUGUUUAAAGAUUGCAUUAUAAUGAUGGACACAUCUCAUCUCAUGACUUUUUUUUGGAAAGGGGAAGAUUUGUGGACUGAGUGAGGUCCACAGUCACAUUGAUAGGUACUGCAAGCAGAAUGGCCAAGCAGUUGCUGCCACCUCAAAGUGAGCUGAUCAGAAAUUGUGUGUGCCAACCUGAAUACCAAUCACGUUAUGAACUGCGUCCAUGUUUUCUUGGAAGCUUUGGCAUGUGCUAUCAUCCAGCAAGCUCGGCAGACGCAAUAUAUUAUUGGUGCAUGGCAGUGUGCAACCAAAGCUUUUCAAAGGCCCCACAUCGAGGAUGGUGGAGAGUCACAUGCAGAUUUGUUUCCUGCAGAAUGAAUUAUGGAAGGAGAGGGGAGCCACCCCACCUCUUUGUAUCAUUCAUACUUCUUUUUGUUUUCUUUCUUUUCAAAUGACAAUUUUGAUUCCUGCUGAUAUGUGACAGUCUCUACUAGCUAAGUUGGUUAGCACUCUUAAAAAAUUAUUGAGUGAGGUUUUGAAUUCUUAAUGUUUGA